AUGACAAAACACUGGGGGGGUCAGAGCCUGCUGGCAGCACCCGCUCUCUCCUACCUGCGCUCUCCUAGCCUGGGAGGCCACCACGACCAUCAACUUGACUUCCAGAUCCAUCCUCUGAGCAACACAGCACGGAGCUCUCCAGCCCAACACUGGCCCUACUGCCCAAUCCAGGCGCCAGUCCGACAGCCUCCACGGCUUGAGAAGCCUUCCCCUUACCAAUUCAGCCUGGCCUCAGCCCCCAUGGAUAAAGCGACGCCGCUAGACCACAACGGAGGGCCCGGGUCAUCCUACCCUCCGCCGCCCAAGCUCAACAAAGAUGGGCCGUUCAAGGAGGAAUCUUGGGACGAGGAGAAAAAAGCCAACGGUGGAAAGAAAAAAAACUAUCAGCGCUACCCCAAACCACCCUACUCGUACCUCGCAAUGAUUGCCAUGGUCGUCCAAAACUCUCCAGAGAAGAAGCUUACGUUGUCUGAGGUAAAGUGAGUUUGUGUGUGGACAUGAGAGUUUAGAAUGGUACAUUUUGGCCAAAUUACGCAUGGUUAUUUGUGUCAAUUUAGGCCAAAUUAUGCAUGGUUGUGUGUCAAUUUUGGCUAUUAAUCAUGGUUAUUUUUAAGAUAAUAUUUAAGUUUCCACAUAGUUUAUAUGCGUUUUUAUUAUUUUAAAAGUUAAUUUCUAAUCGGGGAUGUUCUAUCAUCAAUUAAAAAAAAUAAGUAUGUUUGGGUACGGAUAUGCAGUUCAAUUGCAUUAAACAGACAGGACAAUCAUUUGACGCUUAACAGAGUAGUAACCUCUGCCACACUUCAGUGACUGCAAUGCUUUUCUUGGUUUGUUUUGUUAAGGAUAGCAGCAUACAGUGAAAGCAGACACUGAGAUGUAUCAGCUGGAGUGGGUUGAGUUGAUAAGAAGCAUAGUCAAGGAUUGCUCUCUGUACAGGCUAUCAGUCCUACAGCACAUCUUAGGUUAUUUAUUCUAGGCCUAUGAAAAUGCUGCAUGAUGACAGUGAAUGAUUAAUGUAAAUGAGUGAAAUGUGUCUAAAACUGUAUGCCUACAAUCAUGUGGUGUUUUUAAAUUGUGUAUCUUAAUAUAGUCUGUUAAUUUGUCUGUUUAAUACAGACUCCCAUUGAUGUAAAUUGCCUCACUCCUUCUCUCUCAGAUUCUGAAGGAGAUCAGUGCACUUUUCCCUUUUUUCAAAGGGAACUACAAGGGCUGGCGGGACUCAGUGCGACACAACCUUUCUUCCUAUGACUGCUUUGUUAAGGUAUGUCUUAUUAGGGGUCUUUAUUGGUAUGUCAAUCAGUGGGCUCAAAAAGGCACUUUUGAUUCUAGAAUCCAAACAACCUACAAGCAAGUAUACAUUCCCUUCUGUUUUUCUUUAAACAGUGAAGCUACAACUUUUAAUUUAGCUCUAUACUCCAGCAUUUUGCAUUUGAUAUAAAAUGUUUUAUAUAAGGCCACAGUACAGUGUCACCUUCUAUUUGAGGAUAUUUUCAUACCUGUUUUGUCGCUUAGAAAUGAAAGCAUUUGAAGUAAGUAUCUAGUACCCCAUUUGAAGGUGCCAUGUAUUUGGACAAAUUUACUUAGUGUAUUAAAGUAGUCAAAAGGUUAGUAUUUGAUCCCAAAUUCCUAGCAUGUAAUGACUUCAUCAAGCUUGUGACUCUAGAAACUUGUUGGAUGCAUUUGCAGUUUGUUUCGGAUUAUGUUGUGACCAAUAGAAAUGAAUGGUAAAUCAUGUAUUGUCAUUUGAGUCACUUAUUGUAAAUAAGAAUAUGUUUCUGAACACUUCUAAAUAGAUGCUACCAUGAUUACCAUGAAUUGUAAAUAAUGAUGAAUGAGAAAGUUGGGAGGCAUAAAUAUCAUACACCCCCACCCCCAAAACAAAAUGCUAACCUCCCCUGUUAUUGGUAAUGGUGGGAGGUUAGCAUGUUUCGGGGGCAUGAUUUUUGUGCGCACAAUACAUUAUUUACCAUUCUUUUCUAUUGGGCACAACAUAUAUAUUUUUUUAAACUGCAAAUGCAUCCAACAUGUUUGUAGUCUCGAGCUUGAUGUAGUCAUUGUGUGCUUGGAAUAUGGGACUAAAUACUAAACCUUUGACUAUUUGUCCAAAUGCUCGAUACAUAGUGCUUUUUAUUUCUAAACAGUACAAAAGAUGUAUUAAAAUACCCUCAAAUAAAAGGUGACGUUUUGUCGCCUCAUACUGUAUAUAAAACUAUUGAUCUCAAAUCUAAAAUGCUGGAGUAUAGAGCUAAAUUAUGUUUUAGCUUCACUGUCCAAAUAAAUACAUAAUACAUUUUAUUUGUAGCCUACCAAGGACCACUGCAGUGCUUCGUGAAACUUUAGAUGAAGUAAAUCAUUCUAGCUAAUUCUGAGUUUUGUGAAACUGGGGAGAUCCUGUCUGACUGGUUUUCAGGUUGUGCUAUACUCUUGAUCUCACCGCUGUCUGUCACUCCUGGUCCCUGUAGGUACUGAAGGAUCCUGGGAAGCCUCAGGGGAAGGGCAACUUCUGGGCCGUGGAGGAGAGCCGGGUGCCCCUGGAGCUCCUCAAGAGGCAGAACACUGCCGUGUCGCGCCAGGAUGAGACCAUCUUCGCCCAGGACCUUGCCCCUUACAUCCUGCAUGGGCACGAACAUAAGCCAGACGCAGAGCCCCCGGCCCCACCACCACCAGUCACUGUUCAACCCCCAGGCCCCCCUGUCACUGCUCUACCCCCCUUGCCCACCAGACAACUCUCCCCCCUUCAGGAGGAGCUGUACCGGCCCAAGCUGGACUCGUCCUUUGCCAUUGACUCCAUCCUCCACAGCCUGAGGCCGGCCAGCACUGCAGGAGAGCCUGACAGGGACAGGGACUGCUGGGGGGUGGAGCCCCACACUCGUCCCUCCCCUCCUCCACACCCUCGCUACUCCUCCACCAUCCGCAGCGCCUCAGCCAGCUCCGCCUCCUCCUCCUCCGAUGAGGACUGGAGGGGCGCGUCGCAGGGAGGGAAGCGGGUGCCCGAGGGCGAGGCGGGAUCAGAUGGCUACGAGGACUGCAGACCCCCUCCACACAAGUCUGCCCGCAGAGUCUCCGCCCCUCCCUGGGAGCUGCCCACCUCGUAUGCCAAGUACACACCGCCCAACGCCGUGGCCCCGCCCAGCAUGCGUUUUAAUGGGGGCCCUCUGAUUCCACUAGGGAUGCCUCUAUAUGGCUACGGGGGGUCUCCUGUCACAUCCAGCCAUUUUGUAGGUCAUGCCUACUGGCCCCUCUUACCCAGCGGACGCCCUCCCCUCAUUAUGGACCUGGACAGUAUGCUCCAGUCAGUACCGCCCAAUAAGAGUGUGUUUGACGCGCUGGGUCCGGCCAAUCAGUCGUCUCACCAGCCUGCUGGUCAGUAUACCCUGCAGAGUGGACCCCCUCUCAGGCGUCAUCCCCAUUAUUGA